CUCUUUUUCUCCUUCUUCUAGAGCAUAUGUCCCAGCUUCCUGAUUGCAUUCAUUCCUUUAGGGUGACCAACCCUCCCCUCCGCACACAGGCUGGAGGUCAGAGCCUGUCAGAACACAGUGUGGAGGAUGGAGACAAAUAGGGCAACUUCCCUGUAUGCAAAUGACUUGUUAUUCUGGUUUGGAGAAAGGCUCCACUGGAUUUCAGCAGUGCCCAGAUUCUUACAGGACUGCUGGGUCACCACACUGACUCACAACCUUGGUGACCAUGCACCCAGGAAGGCUCAUUUCUCCUAGAAUUCAUCCAAAGACUUUGUCCUGGCCCAUGUUAGAGAGACCAGAGGAGGAACACUGUAGUGGCUUUAGACAAACUCUUCACAUGUUGCCUGAUGUCCCAGAGUGCUCAAAGGUACAGCUGGCCUGUUUCCACAGGUGGCUCAGCAUUAAAACCUGAGCUCCGACACAUCCAUAUACCUUCCCCUUGAUGAGAAACCCACAGUGUUGUUUUAUUUUGAGGUUCUGGCAGCCUGCCUUGAGCCCUGGGUAUGCUCCAGGGGUGAUGCUUCCUUUAACCCUCCUGUGAACCUCUGAAUACAGCACCGAAAGCUUCCAUGUCCUGCUCUUCCUGGAGAUCCCAUGUAGGUUUGACUGGGAACUGCCAAAAUGAUCCGGAUAGUUUGUCGCUGUAUUUUCCUCCAGGAACCUAAGUUGAUCUUCCAAAUGUUGGAGGAGGUCCAGGUCUGAGUGAGACUUCUUGGGGACAAGGGGCUGUUCAAGUUUCCAGUCUCCACAUUUACUCACUUAACAGGAGGCCAGAGACCUCCGUCUGGCCUCCAGCUCUCCCUUUCUCAGCUUGCAGAGUUCCUUGUCUUCCAAAUCUCCCAGGUCCCUGGGGAAGGAGAUGCAGGAAGGGGUGCUCCUGAGGCCCUGCCUUGGUCCAGCCUAAGUGAGCCAGAGCUUUCCCUCUGACAUCAUUUCGGAAUGCUGCUCUGUGAAACAAUUAUCUAAAUUAUUCUAUUAUUAAUAAAACUCGGGAGUCAAAUAGUAGGGUAUGAACCUAGUAGAUCCAAAACAUGAUGGAGGAAAGCCCAGCCGACCCUUCUCUCUCCUUCUCCAAGAUCCAAAAAGGCCUGUGAAACUCCUUAACCCCUCCUUCUUCCUCCCUGUGUCCCUCUCUCCCCAUCUGAGUCCUCCAAAACACUCUAUGGUUUAUUCUGGCCAACUGAGCGUGGACUCCGUCCUCUGAAUCAAGGUUCAGUUUAUUGACAGUUUCGGGGGGCAGAGUGAACAAAUCCCCCCAAACAGCUCUGGGUAUAGCCCACUUCAUCUUCACCUUCAUCUCCACCUUCUUCCAGAGAGCACAACUCAUACCACUGCACCCAGCCCAUUUCCGAAGGAACCAAGAGAUCUAGGUUUGAGUAUCAGUCACCACUUAAUCCAAUAGCUGUGUGGAAUGAACUGUUUUCACACCCAGUUCUCUUGUCUGUAAAUAGAUGUUGACAUCAUAACACCAUUGUGGGUUUAAACAAGAAAAUGUCUAUAAAGUACACGUAGUAAGCAGAUAGCUACUGGUCCUGGAACAAAGCUAAUGUUCAGGCAGUAGUGGCCAUGCCUGGUCCCCAUGACAACUGUCUCCAGGCCCAGUCUUCAGCCCUUCAUCAUUCAUCCUGGAGAGUCCUUGCAAAAUGUUAUGGAAGGGGCAAGUUGCCCAGCUUCCACUGAGACUACCUUCGCCUUUCCAUUUCCUAGGAGCUCAGUGAACUAAGGUAUGCCAGGGGAUUCUGGAGAUUUGGGUGUACAAUCUAGCAUGUCCUCCUCUGGUGGUAGACUCUUCAAACUUGAACUUGGUCACUCUUCAAGUUCCCUGCGGGCUUCAGUCCAUCUGUCCUGCUGCAGGUGAGGUAGGAUCUGCCUGCUGUAAUGUCCCCAGCAGCACCUGCCUCAGAACAGUGGCGUGCAGAUAGGAAGGAAUGCUCCUUGCAGACAGAGUCCAGCUGAAGCCCAUCUCUGCUCCAGCUGACCUUCCUUGCUGACCUCAAGGAUGUGAAGACUAGUUAGCAAACAAACAAUAGUAACAAGAGAAGAGUUUAACCGGUCUGAUUCAGACCAGAAAAACAACCCCGUGGCAUAUUCUACACCCCAUGCUUUCCAAGGAGAAAGUAGGGCUCAGGUCUCCACUCUCAGGAACACUAAGUUCUCUGUAGAGGUGAGCAGGAAGAUAAAAACCAGCCUGCUCCCCCUUAACACUGGACCACAAUGCCGGACCAGCCUCUCCUGCUGUACUCUGACUUCCAGCAGCAGGUACAGCUCUGCCUCUCCCUAGCUCUGCUUAGGUUGAGCUAGUCUAGGCUGAGGAAGGAAAAUCUACCUCAAAGGGACACCCCCACUUCCAGGACCAGCUCUCUCCCUCCCUUCUGCAGCCUCAGGCUCUGGACUGGCGGGGGUUUCCCCACCUUGACAGGGAGAGAAGUGGGGAGGACCUUCUCACCUCAUCAUUCUCACCCUCCCAGACCUGAAGAGCAGGAAGCAGAGGCUUCUGAGGCCACCACCCAGCUUGCUGCCACAGCAAGGUGAGGUGCAGAGGUGCACGGGAGUGUAUGGUGCCACGCAGGGCCAGGAGGCCUCGGGACCCCAUGGCAGGCGACCCCUUGGAGCAGCAGCUGGGCGGCCUCACCACCUUCACCCGAGAUGACUUUGAGGAAGAAUGGCGCCGAGUGGCCAGUGGUGGCUUCAGUCAGGUGUUCCAGGCAAGACACAAGCGCUGGAGGACCCAGUAUGCCAUCAAGUGCUGCCUGUGCCUCCAGAAGGAGACCACCAGCUCUGAGAUGAGUUGUCUCUUUGAAGAAGCAAUCAAAAUGGAGAAGAUUAAGUUUCAACACAUUGUGUCCAUCUAUGGGAUAUGCAAGCAGCCCCUGGGCAUUGUGAUGGAGUUCAUGGCCAGUGGUUCCCUGGAGAAUACACUAUCUACCCACAACCUUGGUUGGCCACUCAAGUUCCGCAUCAUCCAUGAGACGAGUUUGGCCAUGAACUUCCUCCAUAGCAUUAAGCCACCCCUGCUCCACCUGGACCUCAAGCCAGGCAACAUCCUACUGGACAAGAACAUGCAUGUCAAGAUUUCAGACUUUGGCCUGUCCAGAUGGAUGGAGCAGUCAACCCACAUGCAGUACAUUGAGAGAUCAGCUCUGAGGGGCACACUCAGCUACAUCCCUCCUGAAAUGUUCCAGGAGAACAGCAAGGCUCCAGGACCUGAAUAUGACAUGUACAGCUUUGGGAUUGUCAUCUGGGAGAUUCUCACUCAGAAGAAACCAUAUUCAGGGCUCAAUAUGAUGACCAUCAUCAUCCGGGUAGCUGCAGGCAUGAGGCCCCCCCUGCAGCCUGUGGAGUGGCCAGGGGAGGCCUAUCAGAUGGCAGACCUGAUGAAGCGCUGCUGGGACCAAGACCCCAAGAAGAGGCCAUGCUUUCUAAAUGUGACCAUUGAGACAGACAUGCUGCUGUCCCUGCUCCAGAGCCCUGUGGCAGAUCCUGAGUGUGAAACCCUGACCCGGAAGGUGUCUUGCAAACCAUCACUGAGCCAGCCCCACAAGGUAUAUAUGGCAGGCUGGGCAGCCACCCUGUACAUGCCUUCCCAGGUCAGCGAGGAAGUCAAUCAGGAGCUUUCACACAGUGCAGGCUCAGGUGACUCCUUGAAGUGGGUCCUACAGCAGCUCUCUGACAGCGAGAUGCCAAGUGAUGAAGAACUACAUGUCUAUGAGAACAAGAUGACUCCCCUUCACUUCCUAGUGGCCCAGGGCAGUUUGGAGCAAGUGAGGCUGCUGCUGUCCCAUGAGAUUGAUGUAGACUGCCAGACAGCCUCUGGCUAUACACCACUCCUCAUCGCCACCCAGGACCAGCAACCUGAUCUCUGUGCCUUGCUCCUGGCACAUGGUGCUGAUGCCAACCUGGCAGAUGAGGAUGGCUGGGCCCCACUACAUUUUGCAGCCCAGAAUGGGGAUGACCACACUGCCCGUCUGCUCCUGGACCAUGGGGCUCUGGUGAAUGCCCAGGAGCAUGAAGGCUGGACCCCACUCCACCUAGCUGCACAGAAUAACUUUGAGAAUGUGGCACGACUUCUGGUCUCCCGACAGGCUGAUCUCAACCCACAGGAGGCUGACGGCAAGACGCCCCUCCAUGUGGCUGCCUACUUUGGCCACAUUGGUCUGGUCAAGCUACUGACAGGACAUGGGGCUGAGCUGAAUGCUCAGCAGAGAAACCUGAGGACACCUCUACACCUGGCAGUGGAGAGGGGAAAAGUGAGAGCCAUCCAACACCUGCUAAAGAGUGGGGCAUUCCCUGAUGCCCUUGACCACAGUGGCUACAGCCCACUGCACAUUGCUGCAGCCAGGGGCAAGCAAAUUAUCUUCAAGAUGCUUCUCAGAUAUGGGGCCAGGCUUGAGCUACCCACACAACAGGGGUGGACACCCCUGCACCUAGCAACUUACAAGGGCCACGUGGAGAUCAUCCGUCUGCUGGUCAAGAGUCAUGCAGACCUGGAUGCUCUUGGAAGUAUGCACUGGACUCCCCUGCACCUGGCUGCCUUCCAUGGGGAGGAGGUGGUGGUGUUGGCACUGCUACAGGGCAGGGCCAACCCCAAUCUUGCUGAGCAGUCAGGCUGGACUCCUCUCCACCUGGCAGUGAAGAAGGAGACCAUCCUGAGCAUCAUCCACCUUCUGGAGCAUGGUGCUGACGUCCACGCUUGCAACAAGAUGGGCUGGACACCUGCCCACCUGGCUGCUCUCAAGGCCAACACAGCCAUCCUCAAAGUGCUGGUGAAGGCCGGUGCCCAGCUGGACGUCAAGGAUGGAGUUGGCUGCACACCUCUGCAGCUGGCCCUUCGAAGCCAAAAACGGGGAAUCGUGACCUUCCUGGAGGGCAAGGAGCCUUUGCUAGCCAUUCUGGGAGGUUCUGAGCCUGAAUCCCAGACAGAAGUUUAGAUAUAACAGGGCCUCUUUGCCUGGAAGGGGAGAGGAUUGUGAAAUGAAACUUGGCUUUGGAGAGGCCACUUCCCACCUGCCCAUUUGAUCUUGAGAGGAACCACUGUCCCAGGUGACAGAAGGAAGGGAAGACGUUCCAGUGAGCUGGGGAGCUACAGAGUGCCUGGAAAACUGGUUCCAGCUCCCCUCCAAGUCAUCUCCAGUCUACCCUUCUUCUUCCUUCUUUUCAAGUGAGCUCAUGUGUCCAUGCUAAGCUUCCUUUCCAGCCCCUGCCACCUUCUGUUGCUUGCCUGAGAGUAAUGGAACCCUUGCAUCCCAAGGAACACCCCAAAAUAAAGGCCUAGAGAUGAGGAUAGAGGGCUCCUCUCAUCUCCAAUUUUGUAUUCUAGGUGUUUCACCUUAGACUAGAGCAGGAGAGUCAGACACCUGCUCUACAUUGGGAGUAUGCACUUGGAGCUCAGAGGACGCAUCUGCUCACUGUUAGUCUCAGCCAGGCUCCUGUCACAAUGAUGACCAUAGCUUCUGGUGGCACUGGUCUCAGUCUCUGGUAUCAUAUAUCUUGGGAGUGAUAAAAGAAUGUGCCCAAGCUGCAGAUAUAUGCUCAUCUAUGGGAUGCCAGUUUCCUGUCUCCAACCUCAUGCUUCUCUGUGCCCAUUGAUAUGGUCAGUUUCCAAACUCCAGAGUGAAUAAAGCUGAUGAUCUCAUUCUUCCAAUUACACAUGGAUCAGCUGGGUACCCAUGGGAGCCAAUGGGGUUAAUAUGGCAUAUGUGUGUCUGUAGUAUCUGAUAUGUUAUAUGUGUGCACGAUAUAUGUGUGUGAGCUCAUGAGGGAGGAGAGAGGGGGCAGCUGAGGGGAGUUGGGUGACUGUGUGUGCAUGCAUGUGUGAUUUAUCUGAUGUGGUCCAUGUACAUAUAUGAUACUUGUGUGUGAGUUUAUGUGAAAAGAGGUAGAGCAGCUAAGAGAAGUUGCAGGUGUAUACAUAAUGCAUGUGUGAAUAUAGGAUGCAUCUGUGAACCCAUGUGAGGGAGCAGGCAGGGUAGCUAAAAGGAGAUGGAGAUAUAAAUGUAUAAUACUUGUACAUGUGUAUAAUUGGUGUGUAGAUACAUGCAAUGGAGGAGGCAGGGCAGCUGAGAGGAAGUUGGUAGUGCAAGGGGGUUGUCUGGGCUUCCGGUGGAGCUGCAGAAACAGGGACUUCCUUUCUUCCCCCUCAGCUGCUCAGAGAACUGCUUUCUAUGAACACAUAUAGGCCACCCACUCAUUGGUCUACCCAUCAGCUGUGGGCAGGUUGGGUAAGGGCCAGGACUGCUAAUAUCCACUGUGUGUAUUUGUAGGUCUGGUUCAGUGAUCUGUGAGACAGUGGCUGUUAGAAGAGUAUGAGGAGGGCAGGUUCUCUCUUCUACCUCAUCUCCCCACCCCAUUAGCACCCUGGCAUCAUCAUGGUGAAAGAUGGGGCAAAGAAGACUUGCUACUCUAUGUGGCACCCUGCUUAGGGUAUGAGUUCAUUUUGGCAACCUCUCUUCCUCUGUCCCAGGAUCUCUAGACCAUCUCCAGCUGGGCUCUGGGCAGCUUUGGGACAGCCAAUGGUAAACCCGGGGUCAGCAUUUGACUGGGCUGUGUCCUCGAGAAGCAGCUAUCAGGCUAGUCUACACAUGAGAAUAUCCUGAUGAGCCAGGUGGUGGUGGCACACGCCUUUAAUCCCAGCACUCGGGAAGCAGAGCCAGGCAGAUCUCUGUGAGUUCAAGGCCAGCCUGGCCUACAGAGCAAGAGAUCCAGGACAGGCACCAAAAAGACACAGAGAAACCCUGUCUUGAUAAACCAAAAAAAAAAAAAAAAUAUCCUGAUGAGGGAUUCUUUAAAUAUACCCACAAUCUGCAGGGCAGACCCUGAUGUGAAUGAGCACCAUGACUCUGAAGUGGAGGAGCCAGGGCCUAGGAUGACCACCAGGGGGCAUACCCAAGGCUUUCUCUGAGCCCUUUCUCAACAAAACCAUGCCUAUAGGAAGUCUUCCCCAGACAUGUGGUAGAAAUUCCUGGGUUCUGGGAAUAUCCAACAGAUUGUUUGUCCCUAUACUAUACCAGCUGCCUGCUGUAACUAAGAAAAUACCCCCAGUUCUGUCUCCUAAAACAUUCAGCAGAAGGAGAGGAGGGGCAGGUCUGUGUGCCCUUCUUGAACCUGAGAAUAUUGAUGGAGCUUGAAGUCUAGGAUUCCAGAAGAGCCAGAGGAGAUACAGGGACCACAUACUCACAUCCAGGUAAGCUCGGAGCAACCAAAGGGAAUGUUGAUGAUGGAACCACAGGAGAAGAUGGUGCCUGGCUUAUCCUAUAAGGAAGGGUGUCAGGAUAACCUUGAAGAAAGGUGUUGGGGAGAAUGCUUUGGCAUUCAUUAUCUAGUACAUGACAAGGGUAUCCUGGAAGUGUGGUCAGGACUGUGCCUCUGAAUUACUUUGGCUCUGAUGAUCAUGACUUUGCACGGAGAUCCUCAGAUCCCUGCUUCUUUGAAUCACUUCCUCUAAGAGCUAACAGAGACAAUAGUUUGGGUUCAGUAUUGAACAAGAGGACUUUGUUGUCUGCUGUAUUUUCAAGUUGCCCUGGAUAGACACAUACACCGUGAGCUUCAUUUGGACCCACCUGCCUUCUCAGUUAUGGAGGAAUAUUUUAGGUUGGGUUUAAGGGAGGUCCUUAAAAUUGCUGGAAGCAGGUCCCUGGUAGGUUUCCACUGUGUUUAAGGUGCCUAAGGAUGGGAGUGCUAGAAAUUGGGACCCUAAUUUCUUAUUGGACAUCUCUAUAAAGAGGGCCCAGAGAACCCUUAAAUUCAAAACGAACCCAAAGUGAACAUUCCCUUCCCAUCCACAAAUCUGUCCCUCACCCAUUAUCCAUGUCUUAGUUGAAGGUCCCCAAACUCCUAAUCUAGGACUGGUAUUUCCAACAGGACUGUAAAGGAGGGAAGAAGUCUUUGGGAUCUAUCUUGCUUAGUAGGGUACCACUAGCAACUCGUAGCACUGAGUCCUUGAAAUAUGGUGAGUGUAGCUGAGAGAUCACAUUUUUAAUACUGUUAAACUGAAGUAGCCAUAUGUGGAUAGAAUUAGCCUAUGACCUCCCCUUCGUUAUCUCUUCUCCAGUCAGUUUCCAACCUAAGCAUUGGGUUGAUCAGAAAGAGCCUCCUGAAAGAUGUAAAUAUUGAAGAUGACAUGGAUGGACCUGAGUAGGGCCAGAGGCUAGGCUGGGUAGACGUGGAGGUACUCCAUAAGCUCCAAAAUGUGGGAGGGACAGACUUAUUUCUACAGGCAAACAAUGUGAAGUCUUCCCAGUGGGCAAGACUCUGAUGUCUACCUUGAGUCUCACUGUGAGAGGAUGAGAGCUCCCAUCUCCUUCCAAUUAAAGGAUGGAUAGAUAGAGCCUGAAUGUCCAAUCAAUUCCAAAGACCCGCUAGGAGUUGUGUGUAAUGGGGAAGCUGGAUGCUGUGGUAGGAAAUUGGGAUUCCAGGCUAUGACAGAGGAUUUAGAGGUGGCCAGACAAACCUGGGCUAGAGUCUUCCUUUUACACUUUAUUAACUGUAGACUUUCCCUAGAUGUUACCCCUAGACAGGGAGGCCUGUGGAUGCUCCAGCUUCAGAUUGUAGAAGAAUUUUUGUUGUGAGAAUGCUGUUGGAUCACACAGCCCCAGCAUGCAUGGGCACUCACCUUCACUCUGUUCCUCUUCUGUCUUCCGGCUCUUGUCCUUUCUCUUCAACAUUAUUCCACUUACCUGCUCUGUCCUUACCAUGUACAGAGGUGAAUUUCUUUUCUAUUCUAAACCUUUGUUUAGGUGGCUUCUUGUGCUUUGAGGAGUCAGUGGGUGAAACCCUCCCGGAUGUGAGACUGGGAAACCAGAAGGAGUAGUACAUUUUAGCAAGCUACAGCCAAGGGAGUUAAACUGCAGGCCAGAAGUUCCAAUUGGCUUGUGUGACCUUCUCAGAUGGGAUCUGCAGAAAACUACUGGGGGCUAGAGACACCUAUGGAUGCAUCCUAUAAGCACUGAGAAAGUACGGGGUGGUGGUGGCACAGAGUAAAGAUGCAGAGAGAAGAAGCCAGUCUGCAGGCUUGUGAGAGAGGGGAGAGCAGCCACCAGAGGAGGCCCCUGGGCUUCUGGACACACAGAUGACUGCUCUGGUCAUCUGUUCAGGAGCAUCCUUUUAUGGAGCUCACCAGCCCCAGGAUAAUACCACAACCUUUCGUGCUAAUGCUGAGUCCCCCCAUCUGUGCCUGAUGGGGUCCUACAUAGCUCCCCACUGCCCAGAUCCAACCCACUUAUUUCUACCUAUGAAGCUUUUCCUGCUUGCCCUGGUGGAGAUGGCCACCCCUCUUGAAGGCACUGAAUUGGCACCUCUUGCUGUCUGCCCUAUUGCUUGCUCAGGUAUACGACCUAACUAUUCCUGCAUCCUGUUCUCCCCCGUCUUCGUGCCCAGGACACCCAUGCAUGAUCCAUGGUGCUUAGUUAGAUUACAGGCAAUGGGAGCUGGAAGGUUUUGUGCUAUGUCAUGUAAAGGGCAAAGGGCAGGAGCCAGGCUAGCAUGUGCCAGGGGAGGGAAGCUGGGGAAGGAAGCUGGGAAGGAAGCUGGAGUAGGGUGGGCCCAUGCAGGAGACCUGAAUACAAAGCUCUCCUGCGGCACAGCCUUGCAAAAACCUCAAGUUGCUGAAAGUUCCUUUGCUUCAGUCACACCACUUAGCAGCGCUUGUGUCCUUAGGGUGUUGUCGUGGUUAAAUCUGAUGCCAAGCCUAUGAAAUGGCAAGGCAGUUAAUAAGCACUCAACAUUUCAGUUUCUUGCAGUUUCUCCUAAACAAGAGGAAUUUUUCUCUUGGAAUAGAGCACAGAUAAUCAGGCUUUGGGGGCCUUGUGGAGAACGAUGCUGUAGAACAUAGCUGCCUAGUUUCCCAUGCCAGUACAUUCCGGAAAGGAAGGGUGACUCUUUCUGGGCUUUGGGAUGGCUGUGAUCUUGGAACACAUCUACAACAGUGCAGAGUCACUCCAAGGUAAGGGCAAGUCCCUGGCUCGCUGGUGGUGACUGCAGAGACCACAGUGUUAAGAUGAUCUGCAGACCACAGUACAAAAGGCUCCAGCAGUCAAACAGCUUAGUGUAGCUUAAGCCAAAGCACCAUGUCUGCAGCCCUAAGAGCAGGGCAGGGUGCAGGAGGGGACUCUGCGUGUAAUAACGGGCGGUCAGAUGAUGGAUGAAGCAACUUCAAGAAAAGGAUGGGAAGUAGGAAGAGGAUGGUGGUACUGCCUGAGGAUUGACAGGAAGGAAGGAUGGGAUCAGGCCCAUGCUGCCAGCCCUUCUGGCUCUGAAUGUGACUCUGACCUUCUUCUCUUGGCCACCCCAUCUUUUCCCCUGCCCUGGAUGGAGCUCAGAGCAUGGCUUCCUGUGGCUCCCUUCCUCAUGCUGUACAUGCCUGGGGCAGCAAAAUAGUGUUUGAAGGUGAGGCUACCCAGAUAACCCAGAAGGUAAUAGUAUGGCUUCUUAGCUUGGUGUCUUCAUAAACGCCAUCUUUCUUAUCUCCUCAAUGGUUUUGCCUCCUCUCCCACAUGACUGCACCUAUCAACUUGAUCUCUACUUGGGUGGCUGGCUUCCUCUCUCUGUCUCAGCUCUGCUUCGAGUCUCGGGGUGGAAGGUCAUAUGUGUGCCCAUAGCUCAAAGUUCCAAAGUAAUGUUAUGGUCGUGUGGCUGGCAUUUUCCUUCUCUUUUCUCUUCCUGAGAUAGGCUUCUGAGAUGGCCCUGGCUGGCCUGGAACUUGCUAUGCUAGCCUCACACUUGCAGCAACCCUCCCAAGCCAACUUCUUCCCCAGUGCCAGGAUUCUGUGUGUACGCAUGUGCAUGUAGACAUUCCUGAUGUCUGUGGUCCUAAGGACUGAACUCUACUCGGGGCCUCAUGGACACUAAGCAAGCUCUCUACCAACUGAGCUGCAUACCUAGCAACCUCCAUGGUGAACUUCUUUUUUUUAAUUAACUCUCUAUGACUCCACCUGGGGGUAAAGGAUCUCUCUAGAGAGAGCAGCAGCCAUUAUUACCUUGCUCCCUGCUCUGGAAGUAACCUAGGCAGAGUGAAAACAAACGGGAAUAGAAACUAUUCUUAUCGGGGUCUUCUCAGCCUUAUCCAUAAAGCUGGGGAUGGGUCACUUAGGUCUUUUCACUUAGAAGACACUGUAUUUUCUCUCUACCAGCUUCCUGUUUCGCUUGGUAUAGCAGAGCUACAGGCAUGUAAUAUACAGGAAAGGACCCCCAGAAACACAAGACACCCAGACUCUAGCCUCUUGCCAUUGUUCACUUUGUCCCUGCUCAACCUCCACCACCUGCUGUUAAGCAGGAAUAGUUGUUUUCAGGGACCCUUGGGUAUCACUGUAAAGGUCUGGUCUCCAACAGGUUUUCUUUCUCUAUCUAUAAAUAAAUAAAUAAAUAAAUAAAUAAAUAAAUAAAUAAAUAAAUAAGUCCAGGCCUGAGUGGCCCCCUGGGACAAGAGGAGCGGACUAUCAGGGAAGGAAAAGUCCAAAGCUGCUCUAUACAGAGAGAUUCUGAAGUCACAGAUACAGACUCUGUCUUUGCGCCCAGGAGGACAGUGAACCAUUUGGCACAGGGAAGACCAGACAACAGGUGAAGGAAGCCAUGUAGUCAGUCUCUAGAGACAAGGAUGGUCUAGGAAUGGGCUCCAGGUAUGUGGAGACAUUGGAAAUGUCAGGGAAAGGAAAUGGGGAGGGAGAGCUCUGAGUACUUCCUUCCCAAACCCACCAAGAGGAGCAGGGGCGGGGCCUUUUUGGAGAGCCGGAGCCUGGGAUACCCCUUUCUGCCAUGUGUUUUCAGGUACCACUCCUCCCAUCCCUUUGCUCCCAAGUGCUCAAGGGGGAGAGGGUGGAGCCCUGCCCUCCCCCUGCCCACUCUAGCUGUCAAUCUGCUGUCUGGAAGAAAGACUUGAAGCCUCCUGACAACUGUGGGCAACUCUCUCCUGCCCCGCCUCCCGCCCCUGCCCUGCCCUCUUCCCCUCUUCUCUCUGACAGGGCUCUUCUCUGAUUGCGCUGGGGCCUGCCUCCCCACCCCACUUCCAGGCCUCCCUUCCUCUUUCUCUUCUCUUUCCCUGUUUGUCGUCUCCUCCAGCUCUCGAAGCUGGUACACUUGAGUGUCCUCAUAAGACUUCUAAUGAUGAAACAGACUUUGAAUUUCCCAGCCAGGUCAAGAUCAUCAUCCAUCCUCAGACUGACGGCAUGGUGAGUCCGCGCGCGCGCGCGUGUGUGUGUGUGUGUGUGUGUGUGUGUGUGUGUGUGUGUGUGUGUGUGUGUGGCGGGUGCAUUGAUUAUCAGGUGGGUCAGCAGUAGAGAGUUUCCUAGGGUUUCUGGACUCAAUGGGGAUUUGAUCCACUCCAGGAGAUGGCCACCAAGUUAUAGGUGGCCCUGAGCUACCCUAGGGGACCUGCUUAGCUUACCUUCUGGCACCAGGGUGCUCCUGGGGACAAGAGCCUUUCCCAAGGCUUAGCACUACAUUCAAGUUCAGCAAGAAGAUCCAAGUCCAUAAUUAAAUGCUCGGGGCAAGUUAAGUGCUCCAAAGUUUGGUGCUAAAAAUAUUAUAUUUAGCAUGCAAAUUAUGCCCUGACAGCUCCCCAGAGCCUGAGCCCGUGGGUGCCACUACCUUGUUUGUCAUUAUUCCUGAUUUCUAAGGUGCCAAGAACAUUCCCCUUUCACUGGGUUGAUUUCUAGCUCUCUUUUAAGGAGACAAGUUUCUGUUGUCGGGGCAAUGCUGGCCUGCAAGACCCUAAAAGUUUGGAGCUGUGAACAAGCCUGGAAGUGGGAAAAGGGGCAUCUGUCCAAACCACUACCCUCAGACAUCCCUGCCUCCUCACACUACACAUGCUAGAGACUGGACAAGGGACAGACAGAUUCAAGCAAAGCCAACACCCCAGAGGACAACUCUACCGUGGAACUAUCUCUGCUCUGGUUUCUAAGAUUGGUCC